AUGAAUGUAUUGCUUGUCUUACUAUUGAUAUCAUUGGUGAUCGUUAUUGUAAUCGCACUGAUUGUCGCUUUUGUCAAACACCGCAACAAUGAGUCGAAGACAAAACCAGUGACUGAUAAGACCGAUAAGAAUAUAGCGAGUGAUCCAAAGAAUGCUCAAAAGCCAUCGACAACUUCAGCAAAAGCUAAUCCAGAAGUCCAGAGCCCGACGACAACUGAGCCUAAUAUCCAAACGCCAUCAAAACUUGAGGCCGAAGUCCCAAAACCCGCGAAAUCAGACUCCAUUGAGUCCAAAAGAUCUUUAAAUGAAAACUACAUGUUUUGCGACAUUCAGGACACGAAGUUUCAAUCGAUUUUCAAUUUAGGCAAUGAUUUGAUAAUUCAGACCAAAACUGAAUUCUUGAAACUCAAGGACUCUAUCGAUAGCGACGAAGAUUUGGAGAAAUACUUUUCUCGGAGCCCACGGUUUGUGAUCGACACAGACUUAUGGACAGACUUGCAGUCAUUGUUUGAUUUAUCAAAACCAGUGUUUGGUUUCACGUAUCAGUUUAUGUCCAAUGAUUGCGGAAAUUUGGAUGUAUUGAACGAAUGCACUGAAGUCUAUGACGACCCACAGAUCUUCUAUACGUGUCUCUACGGAACCAAUAAAACCGGUGGAUCACUGACUUGGUUGGCCCGCAAAUACAAUAACUCCCUUCUAAUGACUAUCGAUACUCCGGUCUUAGAGAGUCGGGUGAAGACGUAUUGCGGCUUUAAGUGGAAACAUAACGACACAAACUUAGCCAAAGAGGGCUUUUUCUCCGGCGUAUCCUUUCGUUUACCGCAUCCGGAGAUUCUAUUGGUUGAUAUGAAUGCCAUUAACACUACGAGUAGUGGUCUUCCAGUUAAUCCAAUUAACGGAACCGUUGACGACAACAGCACCAGAGUAUUGGUACCCUUUUAUGAGGAUAAGAUCACGUUUCAGAUCUUUACGGCUGAGUCGCUGGCAUUUCCAAACACUGUUAACCUAUUGGGCUAUCAGUUCUGCAAACUAUUGACGACAACAGCACCAGAGUAUUGGUACCCUUUUAUGAGGAUAAGAUCACGUUUCAGAUCUUUACGGCUGAGUCGCUGGCAUUUCCAAACACUGUUAACCUAUUGGGCUAUCAAUGAUGUCUAUUAUGUGUUUCGUUAUCUGAACCAAACGUGGAGUUGUGGUCAGAAUUGCGGUCCAAAUACACCUUUAAGUCUAAUCGAUUUGAGCAACAAUUUGACCACAACUUUAACAACCUUAAGAAGUCUCUUUGGUUGUGAACAAUAUCACUACGAAUCCUAUUCUUCAUUCAAACCAAACGACUUCUGCGGAACCGAUCAAAGACUUGAGAGUGUCUUCGGAUUAGGAAAUGAUCUCUACUUUCAAAAUAACGCCAAAUUUUGGAAGUGGUCUGACGUUAGCUUCAAAAGUGGUGCCAAUCCUGGCAUCAAAUCAGAGCCCAUUUUCUUUGACUCAGAUUUUACAACAAUUCUCAACAAAUUUCAUAUCGACACGACUAAACCUGUGAUGGGAUUUACAUUCAAACUCUAUUCUUCCUCCUCUUCUAAUGUCAACGAAUGUCUCACAAAUGCGGACACAAUUCGUUGUCAACUCCACUUAAAUCCAGACUAUUAUAGGGCCUGUAUUUACGGCGAAGUCAUCGACAAUACAAAUAAAACAAUCGGCAAAUUAAAGGACAGUUUUGAACGAAAAGCGUUUGCCUUUCAGUACACGCCGUCGGGUCUGAAGGCGUUUCCAGUCGUCGGACACUCGGAUUCAAAGACCAGUCAUUUGAAUAGCAGUCAUUCAAUCGCAUCGAUAGUGAAAUGCGAUUUCAAUCAAAGCUAUAAAUAUACAGAAGAAAGACAUUUAGAUGUUUGCGAAACAACUGCUAAACAACUGAAGAGUGUUUUCAAUAUCGGAAAACAUGUUUACAUUCAAAGCGGACGCAAACUCUUCCGAUUCAGGCCUAAGAAUGAAAGGAAUUCUCUGUAUUUUGAUAGAUAUGUCACGGAUUUGCUAAACGAUUAUUUCGACAUCAAUCAUCGGAUAAUUGGUUAUUCAUAUCUCCUAAACAACAAAACCUACAGAACUAUAAUCAUUGGUCGAAGCAAUUGGAAGACAUCUAAACAAUUCAAUUCCCAAAGCAUUUACGGAGUCUUCGACUCAAAGACAGGUCCACUCAAUCGCAUGAUUCCCAACAAUAAGGGAUCAAAUGACUUACCAUUUAGUGUCCACACAAUCGACUCUUUCGACAAACAGUAUCUGCAAAACAACAUAACAUCCGAUACUAUACUCGCGAUCGCAUACUUACAGACCACCAAAAGUGUCGAUCAAUACACGGAUGGCUUCUUAAAUCCGCAAUCGUAUAGUUUUGAUGAGUUCUUCAAAUGUCCGAAACCAUCGACAUCUGUAUCCACUGCUGGCAUGAUCUUUGAAUAA